UCACUGAUGGGCAGAGCAGCAGAUGCGUCCAACCCUCCUGUCGGAUGUCCGAAGCGGGACGCGCUGGUGCGUUCAUCCACAUGGCUUCAUAGAGGAAGAGGAGGCUGCGGGAGCGCAACGCACGGAUUGAUCCUAAACUAUUAACCUGCUCUUUCCUGCUAUAGGAAGCUUUGGAUUUCUUUCAGAAGAGGUUGAUGCUUCGAUCUGAGGGUUUUAAAUCCGCCGACAGACGGCGAGCUGCGACUAAAUGAGGGUGCUGGAGUAAAACAGUAACAGCCCCCCCUGGUGGUGUGGAGGAAUGAGGGCCUCUGGAUGAAGGCCAUGGAGCUGAAAGUCUGGGUGGACGGAGUCCAGCGCAUCGUAUGUGGUGUCAGUGAGUUCACCACCUGCCAGGAAGUGGUCAUCGCUUUGGCACAAGCAAUUGGACGGACUGGCAGAUACACUUUGAUUGAGAAAUGGCGAGACACAGAGCGCCACCUGGCUCCACAUGAAAACCCUGUGGUGUCCCUCAACAAGUGGGGUCAAUAUGCCAGCGACGUGCAGCUCAUCCUCCAGCGAACUGGCCCCUCCAUCAGCGAGCGGCCGACCUCAGACGGGUUGGCUCGGGUCCCAGAAAGGGGGCUCUACCGACAGAGCCUCCCGCCUUUGGCCAAGCUCCGGCCUACAGGGACGGAGCGCUCCAUCAAACGUAGGGAACCCAAACGCAAGUCUCUGACCUUUACCGGGGGAGCCAGGGGCCUGCGGGAAAUAUUUGGAAAAAGUAAAGAUACUGAAGGCAAACAGCCUCAGCAUCGUGGUGUUAGCCUGAACCUGAGCAGAGUUGGCGGCGGUGGAACUGCACCUGUACCUGGGAGCCCAGCCAGGGAGCUCAGCCGGCUGGUGCAGCUGCAGAGAGACAAACUGCAGGCCCUGGAGGGCCGUCUGCUGGGCUGUGAGGCUGAGCUGCGAGACUGGGAGGAAGCCAGUGAUCAGGAAGGAAACCUGGAGGAUGAACUUCAGCUUCUGGAACAGCAGGCAAGGAGGAACGAUGCGGAGAUGCAGGAGGAGGAGUUUUGGCAGAACGAGCUCCACAUUGAGCAGGAGAGCGAGCGGAAGCUGAGGCAACAGCUCGCCGAGCUGCAGGGCCGCGUGCACGACAGCGAAGCUAAGUUAUCAGAGUAUUUAGCACGCAUUCAGAGUAUGGAGACAGGCCUGGAGAAGGAGCGACUGCAGCAGGAGGCUGAGCUCAACUUGAAGGUCAAGGAGGAGGAGGUGCAGGUCCAGCUGGAUAAAGUGAGGGCAGAGCUCGAAGUGCAGAGCCAACAGACGGCACGGCUGGAAAGCAGCUGCAAGGCGUUGGAACGAUUGCUCUGCCAGUCGGGUAAAAGACUCCAGGAGAAAGAGCUGGAGCUUGAGCAGCUAACAAAAGAGCUGCGACAAGUGAAUCUGCAGCAGUUCAUCCAGCAGACUGGCACCAAGGUCACGGUGCUGCCUGCUCAACCCACAGGAGAGAACAACAAUGAUCUGGAGUGCGGCUCUCUGAAGCGACUCGGCUCCUCACGACUAUUACCAAGCGAUCUUCGCGCCCUGCAGAGCAGGGUCUCCUCCAGCCUAAACCCUGAAGGCAUCUACGUCUGACUCCCUACACUCGAUGCAGCUGGGUGGCUUGACGCUUCUACAGCUGGGUAUAAACACAGGAGUUUGAGAAUCCUUUUCAGGAAAAGCAACUUUUACUUCUCCAAACCAGGAUUGGGACAUAAACUGAUGUCAUCAUCUGUUUGCACACUAACAAACAGUGAGUUUUCCUCCUAUGCUGGUGCAUAGUGAGGUUAAAAAAAUAAAAAAAACAGUUCUGAACCUACAGACUUUUCACUAGCGGACUGUUUCA